GGAUGGCUAGCGUAAACUAGGAUCAAAGUCGUUUGCUAGUGUGUACUGCAACAGAAGGAAGACUGGAUUGUCUCUAGUAGUUUUCGAUUGUUUGAGUUUUUUUUUUUCUUUCUUUUAUAUAUAUAUAUAGUGCUACAGUUAAGGUCAGGCCUUAGCUAGAACACUGUGAUGUGUCCAUAUAAUUCAGCGUUUUUGAUUUAGCGAUUUUGAGCUUGCGACUCUGCUAUCUCUAGUCAACCAGGCGGAAAGCUUCUGAUGGCGGAUGAACCUGGGGAGAAAUCACAUGUGCUUGGUCUCCUAGCUAAGCGUCACCAACUGCAAUUAACAAGUGUUCGACACAAGACAACAAUCCAGUAUGCCACACGGCCAGACCUGCCCAAGCUGGCCUACAGGAAGCUAACAGGGAAGAGUCCUGGAGUGGUUUUCCUUCCUGGUUUUGCCUCCAACAUGGGUGGUCAGAAAGCAGAAGCCUUAGAGGAGUUCUGCAAGUCUUUGGGCCACUCGUACCUCAGGUUUGAUUAUUCUGGCUGUGGGUCGUCCGAAGGGGAAAUGGCAAACUACAACAUGGGUGCUUGGAAGAAGGAUGUGCUCUUCGUACUGGAUGAACUAGUAGAGGGGCCACAGAUUCUGGUGGGUUCCAGCAUGGGUGGUUGGCUGAUGCUUCUAGCAGCUCUUGCACGACCAGAGAAGACUGCUGCUUUAGUGGGCAUCUCAACAGCUGCAGAUCACUUUGUCACAUCAUUCAACACGCUGCCAAUAGAGACAAAGAAGGAAGUAGAGGAGCAGGGCUCUUGGAAAUUCCCAACCAAGCACAAUGAAGAGGGUUUCUACACUCUGAGUGUGAACUUUCUGAGAGAGGCAGAGAACCACUGUGUACUCCAGAGCCCAAUCCCUGUUACCUGUCCGGUACGUCUGAUCCACGGGCUCAAAGACUCUGAUGUACCCUGGCAUGUCUCCAUGCAGGUCGCAGAGCGGGUACUCAGCAACGAUGUGGACGUUAUUCUUCGCAAACAUGGGCAGCAUCGCAUGUCAGAGAAGGAUGAUAUUAAGCUCAUGGUGUACACCAUUGAUGACCUUAUUGAUAAACUGACCACAUUGGGGUCUGUUUUGAAAGAGAGCCCUAUUCCCCCUCACACCACAGCUCCACAUUCUGCCUCUCAAGAUCAGCGCUCGCCAGACUUCAUUUCCAACAGCACAGUCACAUCCAAGAAAAAGUACGGACACAUUUUUCCAGCUUGCACAGAGAUGAAAAGCAUGAAGCAUAUAGUAAUUCUAAUGGCCGUCAUAGCUGGUGCGUUCGCUGCUCCAUUUGUCAAGGGGGAGCAGGCCAAGAAAUUUUUACGUCUGAAGAGACAGUCUGGCUACUGGGACCCCAGCCACUCACACAACCAAUGGGGUUACACCAUUCAAGAGCAGGCAAAUGAAUACUGGAAUAGUCUGAGAGCAGAUGCUCAAUAUUACAUGGACAUGGGAAACCUGAUGUUUGACCGUUCUGUGGCUGAUGAGAACAACAGGCUUUAUAUGGACAUGCUGAGGAAUGUGAGAGCACAGCUGGAUGCACAUACAGGCCAACAGUGAUUGACAUGAUAGACUGAUUGAUGGAUUGAUUAAAUCGAUAGAGUGCUGAGGCAGCUUCGCUGGUCAGGGCAGGGCCAAUUUCUUUUUGCAAAUGGUCCGGUCAGAGAUUGCAUUUAGUUUUCUGGAAUACUGUCUAGCAUAGAGACCAGUAUAAAGUGCUUUAUGUACAUCAUACAUGUAUAUUUUCACUUAUAUGUAAAAGAAUCCAUUGGCAAUUACAUAAUAAACAAGUCUGCAUUGCA